AUGUUUCUCGCUUUCCAGAUCAGAGGCUUUUGUCUAGGCGCCUUGAGCCAACGUGCGCACGGCCAUCUAUCAUCUUCACACUCGUAUCCGCACGAGACCAACGCCACAGCAUCAGCCUGUGCGGCGGCAGUCGUGGCUGCGGCCGCCCUCCAUGGAGACCGACGCGAUGGACUUCCGUUCCUCUCACGUCUUGACUACGAAACUCUGGAACCCAGGUCAGGUCAAGCCGCCGCUUCUGGUGGGCAGCUGCAGUUGAAUUCGGUAGGCAGCAUUAUUUGUAAAUACUUGCAAUAA